AUGGACCCAAAUCCUCGGGCGUCCCUGGAGCGCCAGCAGCUCCGCUUGCGGGAGCGGCAGAAAUUCUUUGAGGACAUUUUACAACCAGAGACAGAGUUUGUCUUCCCCCUGUCCCACUUCCAUCUCGAGGCACAGAGACCCCCCAUAGGUAGUAUCUCAUCCAUGGAAGUGAAUGUGGACACACUGGAGCAAGUGGAACUUAUUGAUCUUGGGGACCAGGACGGAGCAGACGUGUUCUUGCCUUGUGAAGAUCCUCCAUCAACCCCCCAGACAUCUGGGGUGGACGACCAUCCAGAGGAGCUGCGCCUGCCGAUGCACACGCCAGACAGGGCCACAUCCCGCACUUCCUCCUCGUCUUCUGACUCCUCCACCAACCUGCACAGCCCAAAUCCCAGUGUCGGCGGCGCAGACACACCCUUGGCACAGUCUGACGAGGAGGAUGGGGAUGAGGGAGGGGCAGAGCCUGGAGCCUCCAGCUAGCAGUGGGCCCCGACCUAUGGACUGACUGAGCUGGCUAUUCUCCACCUGAGACCCUAGGCCCAGCCAGAGCUCUUCUGGGAAGACCAGACUCUACUUGUAGUAGACACCAGAGGGAGGAAAGGGAAGUGGGAUGGUGUCUCUCCUUGGGCGUUUGUUUUACUGCUAACCUUUUCCUGCUGCAACAUUCCCACUAGUGCUUGGCUUACUCCUGAGGUAGAGCUUGCGAGCAAGGAGAUGGAAAUGAGGCAGGACAAGAUGCCACCGGUUUUCUUAGCAUUCCUUCUCCCCAAACUACCCUGGCGGUCUUCUAACAGAGUCUCCUACACCAGUGUCCUAAACGGACAGGAACUCUUUAGCACUCAGAUGAGGUGGUACUCCAGCCAUCCUGCUUCCUUAUGUCCUUUUUUGGGAAUAGGGCAUGGUAUAAAUAAUAAACAAAUGAUAAUAUA